AUGUCAUCAGCGUCUAGAACAGCUGGUCAACAGUCAUCAACAGCACCGCAUCCGAGUGGCGGCGGUACCUCUUCAUCUGUCGUCUCAAAGGAAACGGGCGAUGCACAGAGUCAGCUGGAAGCUAUCUUAGAAGUUUGGGAAGCUGCACACCAUGAUCCAGAGUUUGAUCAUCUAGCAACAUUAAUCGGCAUUGCUGAGUUAAUCGAAUCAGCAGAAGAAGAAUACUUGCAACAAGACCCAGAUCCACUAGACGAUCGUCAUCCAUCAAGGACGCAGCCAUCGUGCGCGUUUGGUCAUCUGUUAAAGUUGCUGAUUAGGAAUGAUGAAUUCAUGCUGAAGUUAAUAACAUCGUAUGUAUCAGCACGCGAUAAUGAGCCGUUAAAUAUUGCUGCAUCACGAGUGUUACUUCAUCUCUUACCUGGAUUACAUUAUGGCAAUCUUUUCAUGGUCGUUGAAUUGGUUUCAACGCAUGCUGAUAUAAUUCCACUAUUGUUUGAACGAGCCAAAAUUUCGAAUCCUACUGAUCGAACGCUUCAAUGCUAUUCAUUGGUACUAUUAGGAGCACUUUUGGAAGACAGCGAAACCACAGGCGAUCACAAGAAUGAGAAUUCGGUGCUUAUUCAAAUUGCGUUGGAUCGAUUAAAGGAAAUUUACGAACAAAUCACAACAACAACAGAUGAACAAAAAGAUAUGAAAACUGCAGCAGAUGAUGACAAUGCUGUAGAUGAAGGUGGAGGUGAAGCUGGACUGAAUAAGAAUUGUGAGAGAGCUGAAAAGUUGAAGAGAUCUGAAGAGGAUGAAGAAAGCGGCCCGUUUGCAGGUAUUCAAAGCGAAACUUUUAAUGCCGGUGAAAAGAGACCUGAACUGGCUGAGGUGCUUAGAAGUGCAAAAGAAUCGUUGAAACAGCAACAACAGAAGCAACACAUCGACACAAGAACAGUUGAGAGUGCAGAUGCGAAUAACUCACUCUCCACUCAGCACCCGUCGUCGGCCGUCUUAAAAUCACCUCUAGAAGCAGCUGCUACUGCUAGUAGUGGAUGUGCAUCGAAAAGCGGGCGAGUAAGACGUGCGAAUGAAUCGAGUAGAGAAGCACCUUCGGAAGAUCCACUUCGAAAGAGACGCAAACUGACGAAUCAAGAAAUGCCGCUGCGAUCCACAUUUUCAAGUAAUGCCUCGUUAACAGCCCUAAUGGAUACACAAAGCAACAGUCAAUGGACCAUGCAAGAACGUAAACGUAUGGGUGAAUAUCGCAUCUAUCCACUUACCAUCAACAUGGAACAACAACUUCUGUUACACUUCUUAACGCCUCUCGGAGAAUAUCAAGUGUUUUUAAAAGAUGCAGUCGAGAAUAAAGCGUUGGAGUUGAUUAUCAAAUAUUUAAAAUGUACCUCGAAAUUCGAUGCUCGUCUCAUUUUUCACAUUUUGAAGUAUCUUUCAUCUUUGUUGGUUCAUCGUAAAAUGGCGCAUGAGUUCGUCUCAGCGGAUGGUGUGCCGUUAUUAUUGUCAAUCGACAAGAAGAGUCUACCGGCAGUGGUUGUCGGAAGAUGUCUUUAUUAUUUGGCGUAUAAUCGGGAUGUGAUGGAAAAGGUUUGCCUCUUGCCAGCUGCGACUUUGGAUCGUUUGGUUGGCUACUUUAUAUAUCUGCUCGAGAGCGCCUACUGUAGUGCUCGAACUACGGCAACACGAUUCUUCGUAUACGCUCUUCAGUUUCGUCCGAUUUUGGAACGAUUCGAUCGUGUUGAUGGUUUACGGCGUAUUUUGAAUUGUGUUUCAACAUUGAAAAUUCUGCAAGAUAAAGAUGGUGAAGACGGUGAAUGGGAUGAUCAGUCAGAUGAUGCGAAUCAAAUGUCGAGAAAAGCUGAAGCCAUUAUGAAUACUUGUGCGGCAAUCAGAAGUUAUAUGUGUACACAUGUCUAUUUACGUGUGGAACAUUUGAAACGCAUUCAAUCGCAUCGAUUACAAGGACUGAACAACGUUCGAAUACCAGCAUGCCUUCAGCGUGGACUGCCACCGAAUCGAGCAAUAACAUUGGAUAAUGAAUCAUUAGGUGAAUGUAUAUCGUUGUUACUGCACGCACUCAGUAUGCAUACAUCGUGGCGUGCCAUUGAGGAGAUUCGUCGCUUGAAUGUGAUUAAAACGUUGUUCACAUUGUUGAGUGUGGCCAGAGAAGUGGACCAACAGGCUGACGAACUGAUUAAGAUCAUUUUGGAGGUGUUGUGGAUGUGUACAACAGUGGCACGUUUCCAGUUGGAUUUGUGUGAAACGUAUGCGUUCAAUCGUGAAACCCUCAAGAAUGAAUCGUCUUUCAAGAUGCUUUUUGCUGUGUCGGAGCAUGCAACAUCAGAAAUAGUAGAACUGGUUAUCGAUAUUAUUAUAAAUUGUGUUUGUGCGCCCUUCGAAAAGAUAGGCGGUGGCGGACGUUUAGCAGUAUCACCGCCUCGAGAUCACGAUCAGUCGUCGGCGAUGACUUCAACGAGUUAUGAGUCAACAUUACCUGCUACGGUGUCAGCAUCGACCAUCACCACGUCGUCAUCACCCAAAAAACAUGCCAAAAAGUCUUUUUUGGAUGCAAAAGAUGUGUUAGAGAAAAUGUGGGCCGCGGUUAGACGUGACAAUGGUAUUAUGGUUCUAAAGAAUUUAAUAUACAGUCGUAGUCCUGAGCUGUUUGCGGAUCGUGGACGUGCGAUUGCUUGUCGUGCAUUGAAUGGGUUGGCUCGUUCCGAAUCUGUUCGUCAACUCUUGAGCAAGAUGCCGUUGAUUGCGAAUAAUGAACUUCAUGAUCUAAUGCGUGAUCCGGUUCUACAAGAAAAACGCCUAGAGCAUGCACAGUUUUGCGAGCAAGCUCGACUCUUAAUCGAACGUGUCACACAGCGAUCGGUGCGAGAGACGAACCGAGACAUAACGCAGGAGGAAUUAUGGAAAUCGUCGAUUGUUUCGCAUACAAAGAUCGUUUUCAAUGAGAAAGAGCUCUUGCAAUUGAUCUAUCAUCAUCUGCUGAAGAAGGGUUUGAAGAAAACGGCAGCUCAACUGCAACAAGAAGCAAUUCUGCCAGACAUUCCAGCCAGUCGUCUUGUUGAGCAGUCCAAUUACAAUCCACUACCUCAGAUCUCGAAGAGUUCAUUCACAUGUGAUCGAUCAGCAGUUGUGCAACGAUCAUUACGUGACACGUUAUCACCGCUGGCAAGACCACGAACAUCUACGAUGCCUCAAACGCGUUCAAUAUCAACGGUCAGUGGCAUUUCUUCAGAAACGACUUGUCCACAACGCGUUCCUGGCUCUUCUGUUAGUUGUGUCGGCGGCACACCAUUUAGGGAACGUUUCAAAUCGGGUCCAACAGCAGUGACGCUAGAUGAGGGAUCGUUGGCGUUAUCAAGCAGCGAAUGUCAGGUAAUAUCACCAGCCAGACAUCGCUUAACACUGAAGAUGAAUUCAAGUUGUGGCGGUGCUCAUGCUGGCGCUGGUGUUGCUACUCAGUCUUCGUCUUCUGUCACCACUCUUCUGAAACCGCAUAAGAAUCUCGGAGAAAUUGUUACUGAUUAUUGCAGGAAACAGCAUUCAUCGUGUCGUAAUCCGUUAUCGACGUGUCCGACGUUUUCACUGUUCUAUCCUCAUCGUUGUCCUGAUUCAAGGCCUCCGACCUCUCGUACUGACAUCGCAUCACGCUUUUUGCUGAAACCGGUGAACGCGUGUGGUGCAGCUUAUGUGACACGACGAGCGGACACGCGUUUCGCAUUCUCCAGAUUUCAUCCACAACGCACAUUCAUACCGAAUGCAGACGACGAUGGCGAAUUCUUCACAUGCUGCAGUUUUUCAAUCGAUAACGAGCAUAUAAUAUUGGGUACGAACGCAGGAACGUUGCACUGGUUCAAUGUGAAUACACGAGUGGAGGAGUCAACAACGAACUGCCAUCCAGCUGAACUGAAAGCGAUACAGCAAUCAAAUGAUGGCUCAUUGAUGUUGACGUCUUCGGUGAGGGUGGCUCAUCUAUGGCGAAUCGCUGAAACACAAGAGCAUAUGUUCACGUUCAGAGAUGUUCGCUAUGCGGAAUUUAGUAAAAACUCACAAAAUCGUAUUAUUGGUACACGUUUUGAUGAAGCGAUGAUAUAUGAUAUAGAGACUGGUCGUGCUUUAGUACGGUUACGCGACGAAACGCUGGCUUGUGACUACGAAUAUAACAAAGCAACAUUCGAUCCAACAGACGACUUGGUACUAAGUGAUGGUGUAUUGUGGGAUGUGCGUUCACCGGUUCGUCCCGUUCACAAAUUCGAUAAAUUCUAUGAUAAGCACAGUGGGCUGUUCCAUCCGCAUGGCACUGAGGUGAUAAUCAACUCAGAAGUGUGGGAUAUAAGGACGUUCAACUUGCUUCAUUGUGUACCGGCGUUGGCUGGAUGUAAAAUUAAAUUCAAUGCAACUGGUGACGUCAUUUUUGCUGCAUCGUAUGUGGCCAAUCGUGGUGCAGCGAACUAUGGCCGUUAUUUAUCACAAUCGUUUCGAACGUUCGAUUCAACCGAUUAUCAAGUGAUUGCAACAGUAGAUGUGAAACGUAAUACUUACGAUAUCAGUUGUGAUCAUCAAGAUGAAUAUAUUGCCUUAAUCGAAACCGUUGAAUCAUUACGUAGCAAUGGCAAUGUGUGCCGCCUCUAUGAGGUGGGCAAACCGCGUGGUGUUGAUGAUUUCAACGAGGAGGAGGAAAAUGACGGUGUUGAGACAUCAUCGAGUGAAGAAGAAGAAGAUGAUGAUGAUGAUGAGGAUGACGACGACGAUGAUGAUGAUGAUGAUGAUGAUGAUGAUGAUGACGAUGACGACGUUGAUGAGGACGACGAAGAGGAUGAGGAGAGUGGCGAUGACUCUGACGAGGACGGCAGUGAGGCGGGCAGUGCUGCAUCGGGCUCGUCAGACUCACAACAGGUGAUGUGGAUCGGUGGUGAUCGCAACGCCGAGGCGUACUCUGACGACGACUGGACAUCCGAGUACAUGAGCAGUGGCGACGAUGAGAACACUGCGCAUAACGACAACAACAACAGUAGUCAGAUGGCUGAUAACUCGGCGGAUGACAGCAACGAAGGUGACGAUGAGGAGGAGAAUGGCAUUAAUGGGAAUGACGAGGAGAAUGAAGCUGAUGAUGGUAAUGAUAGUGAUGUGGUGUUGAUAGCUGGAGGGGGAUCGACAAGACGACGAGGCGUUUCGGAUGCGUUACUGGACGAGGAUAUUUUUGUGAUGGAUGAUGACGGCAGUUUUGAUGUGACUUAUGAACCGUACGACGGCGAGGAUAUGGAGACGCCCUACGCUGGAACUAGCUCAGUGGUGUUGAAUCCAACGCUGAGACGACAACGGCGUAAUCAGCAAUACAGUGACAACAACAACCAGCGUCGGUGA